ACGAGAACAGCGAACAACAGAGCGAGUCUAUAGAGCUGUUGAUCGGCUGGGUGGGACCGAAGAACGAGAAAGAGAAGCUUCUCAGUGAAGGAGGAAUCCAGGGCAGAGCUCGGCGGCUGAUAAAUCAGAUUCACUGCCCUUAAAACGCGGAGCGUCUGGACUUUCUUACGGUCUCCUAAACAAGUGUCACUGGCAACAGACGGUUCUGUUGCAUCUUUUUUGCCCUCGUGACCCCCCCGCCCCUUCGCCAAAAUCAGGCUGCUUGAUGUAACGGCGAGGCUGAUCAGGAGAAGCCAUCAUGUCUUAAACGCAGACGGGCCCUCCGGAGCCCUGUCCCCCCACCCCGUCCCCCCUUCCCCCGCCCCCUCCCCCAUCCACCACCUCACCCCUUCUCCCAGCCCCCUCCAACUCCCGCACCUCUCCUCACACCUACGGGACAGGCUGCCUAGCUCUGGCUCCCCCCCAGCACACCCCUCUCCUCCCGCCGGAGGGAUGAGCCUAAAGAAGCACCAGCAGCUGGGGAGCGGAGGUAGUGGGGUCACAGGUUCUGACCGGGACCUGCAGUCCACCGCUUCCUCCGUCUCCCUGCCGUCGGUGAAGAAAGCUCCGAAGAAGAGGCGGCUCUCCCUGGCUUCUCUUUUUCGAAGAAGAAGCCGGCAGAGGUCAAAGGAACCCCAGCGUCCUGGGUCAGGAGGCCUUGCAGGAGUGGAUGGCAUCGCCAGCAUUGAGAGCAUCCACUCUGAGAUGUGUAAUGACAAGAACUCUGCCUUCUUCUCUGUUGGUGUGGCAGGAGCUGCCUCUUUCUCAUCUGCCUUAGGGCCUUCCUCUUCUACCUCCUCCUCCUCUAAGAUGGGAGUGGGAGCGGGGGCAGAGUUACUGGAGUGCCCACUGUGCCUUCUAUGCCUCUCCAGGGAGAGUUUCCCCGACAUCAUGACCUGUCCCCACCGCUCCUGCAUUGACUGCCUGCGCCAAUACCUGCGCAUCGAGAUCUCAGAGUCACGCGUCAACAUCAGCUGCCCCGAGUGCUCGGAGCGCUUCAACCCUCACGACAUCUGCAUGAUCCUCGGGGAUCGAGCUCUAAUGGAGAAAUAUGAGGAGUUUAUGCUGAGGAGGUGGUUGGUCGCCGAUCCGGACUGCCGCUGGUGCCCUGCGCCAGACUGUGGAUAUGCAGUCAUAGCCUUCGGGUGUGCCAGCUGUCCAAAGAUCACCUGCGGCAGGGAGGGCUGUGGCACAGAGUUCUGUUACCACUGCAAGCAGCUGUGGCAUCCCAACCAGACCUGCGACGCAGCGCGGCUGCAGAGAGCUCAGAGCCUCCGGCUGAGAACGGUGCGCUCGUCCUCCCUCAGUUACAGCCAGGAGAGCGGAGCUGCAGCCGACGACAUUAAACCCUGUCCUCGCUGCGCCGCUUACAUCAUCAAAAUGAAUGAUGGCAGCUGUAACCACAUGACCUGUGCCGUCUGCGGCUGUGAGUUCUGCUGGCUCUGCAUGAAGGAGAUCUCAGACUUGCACUACUUGAGUCCGUCAGGAUGCACAUUCUGGGGGAAGAAGCCGUGGAGCAGGAAGAAGAAGAUCCUUUGGCAGCUGGGGACUCUUGUGGGCGCCCCUGUUGGAAUCGCACUGAUUGCUGGGAUUGCGAUCCCCGCCAUGAUCAUUGGUAUACCUGUAUAUGUGGGAAGGAAGAUCCAUAACCGCUACGAAGGAAAGGACAUUUCCAGGCACGAGAGGAACCUGGUGAUCGCUGGCGGAGUGACCCUGUCUGCCAUCGUGUCUCCUGUCGUGGCUGCAGUCACUGUCGGCAUCGGAGUUCCCAUCAUGCUGGCAUACGUGUACGGCGUGGUGCCCAUCUCUCUGUGCCGCAGUGGAGGUUGCGGCGUUUCGGCCGGGAACGGCAAAGGAGUUCGCAUCGAGUUUGACGACGAGAACGACUUGAACGUGGGCAGCGGGACCGGCACUACGGACACCACAUCAGGAGCAGACACCAGGAACAAUCCCAGCAUAGGUGAAGGCAGUGUGGGGGGGAUGACGGGCAGCCUGAGCGCCAGCGGCAGCCACAUGGACCGCCUGGGAGCCGCCAGAGACAACCUGAGCGAGACGGCGUCCACCAUGGCUCUGGCCGGGGCCAGCAUCAGCGGCAGCCUGUCGGGCAGCGCCAUGGUUAACUACCUGCACAGGAUGGAGGUUCAGGCUGACGUGCAGAAGGAGCGCUGCAGUCUCAGCGGAGACUCUGCCACCGUCAGCCUGGCUACAAUCAGUGAUAACGCAAGCACCAAAGCCAUGGCCGGCUCCAUCCUGAGCGCCUACAUGCCUCUGGACAGAGAGGGAAACAGCAUGGAGGUCCAGGUGGACAUCGAAUCCAAACCUGCCAAACGGCGGCACCACAGCGGCAGUAGCAGCGUAGAGGACAGCAGCAACGCCGGCCGCUGCACCUGGACCAACCCCCCCGCCGGCUGUAGCUCCUCAGAAGGCAGAGGGAGCGCGGCUAAGUGGGCCAAAGAGGCAUCCUGCUCCUCCUCUUCCAGCUCCGGGGGCAAAAAGAGCAAAGGCAAGCUGCGCAAGAAAGCAGGCGGAGGAACGAAGAUCAACGAGUCGCGGGAAGACAUGGACGCCCAGCUUUUAGAGCAGCGCAGCACCAACUCCUCCGAGUACGACUCCCCGUCACUGAGCGGCAGCUUGCCCUCUGUGGCCGACUCGCAUUCCAGCCACUUCUCAGAGUUCAGCUGCUCCGACCUGGAAAGCAUGAAGACGUCUUGUAGCCAUGGCUCCAGCGGCGGGGACUACCACCCUCGCUUCGCCACCGUCAGCCCCUUACCGGAGGUGGAGAACGACCGCCUGGAGCUGUGCCCCGCCUCUCUGGCUUCCUCCCAGUCCCCAGCCUCCACCUCCUCCCCCCUGGGUAACGGCGCUCAGUUUUCUCGGCUCGGCUGCGUUAGAGACGAUAACGUUAACCCCGCGUGUCCCAGCGAGCCGGACUCCUGCAGCAACACCGGAGAGCUUUUAAAGGAACAGAACAACAAUCAUCAUCAGGAGGAGGAGGAGGCGCCGCAGACCAAGAACUCCAGCAUACAGACUGAUAUUUAAUAAAGUCCAUCCCUGAAGUGCUGCUCUCAUACUUUAUACACAACCUCCUUUAACCCAACAGCUGCUGCUGAUGGUUUAACCUGCAGUUUGGGCUUUUUCAUAGAAAGCAGCAUUUGAGUAAAUCUGAUCUGUGGUUCUAUCAGAUGCUAGAAAAGGCUUCAAUAGAUCAGCUUUCUGAAAGUAUUAACUUCUUACCUAAAGCUCCUCUCUGAUUGGCUGCUGCGCGUCAAUCAGGUGUUUGGGUUUUAGUGGGGACCAGGCAAUAUGUUGAUUUCUUUUCUUUUAUUUGGGAUGUUCCCAAUCCUCAGCACUAAAAUAAACCUUAAACAAAGCUUUUUUUUUUUUUUUUGCUGGAGAUGAUGAUCCGCUGCUUUUCCUCGUAGUUUGAGACGUUUAGUGCCAACAUAACAUGGGGCAGAUCCCGCUCUGGGAUAUUAUAGCGAGCUGAUUGUUUUUUGGAGGGGGCGGGGUCUCUGGAAGGCCGCGGUUGUAGGAGUUGAUGCUAACCAGUGGGUUUAGAGGUGGUUUAGCUCAGCCUCACUGAGAGCUUUGAAAUCUCGACUCACGGUGCCUUCAGGAAGCUGCUUGGGUUUGUCUCCUGGACUUCCAGGACAAUGUUUUCCGGACGACAGUCUGUCUGUCUGUGGCGCACACUGAAGACUUCUCAACAGCCUACCAAAGACGGCACUCAGGCUCUUGUUGGUUCUGUCUCAGCUGCCGGCAGUCACAUGCAUCCUGUUUUUCUUUUCCAUUGCAGGGCUUAGUGAAGGCGUGACCCAGGGUCACACAUCCAGCCUAAUCGUUUUGUUUUUUACUUGUUCCACUGAAGCUAAGUAAUUAGCUGAAGCUGCCCAGCAGCUCCAGGCACCUUCACUGAUGCACAAACCUUCAGUCUGUCUCGCUGAACCCUCCUGGUCUGGAUUCCAGUUUGUGUUGCCAAACGGUGCUGCUGAGCAGACAUAAACUAUGUUUUAUUUUUUUCCCCAGAGUUUUUGCUCAGCCUAUUUCCUGAGCUGGUUCAGGUGAGCCUCUACCAGCAGCGGUUCUGACCCAGCUCACUUGGUUCUGUGGAUGAAGCCUAAUUGCUGCACUUCUCCCUUCAUAAGAUGGAAGAUUUUUUUUGUUGUUUGUUUCCUUCUUCCGUCAUGGUUUUUAACCAAAAAAAAAAACGUUUUGGUUGUAAUUUGCACACUACUGCCAGAUAAAACUGGUCAUUAGUGCACCAUGGGAUAAAGGUGUUUGUAUAUUUGUUUGGGGGAUUUGCUUUACUAUAUGCGUGUAAAUGCAUAUCGACAAAAAUAAAAAAAUAUAUAU